CCAACCCUCUUCCUGUCCUCAGGAACACCGCAGAAAUACGACCCCACUUUCAAAGGUCCCAUCUACGACAGGGGCUGCACCGACGUCGUCUGCUGCGUCCUGCUCGUCGUGGCCAUCGUGGGCUACGUGGUGGUCGGGGUCGUGGCCUGGACCCACGGGGACCCCCGCAAGGUGAUCCACCCCACGGACAGCCGGGGGCAGUUCUGCGGGCAGCAGGGGACCCCCAACGAGAAAAAGCCUUUCCUCUUCUACUUCGACAUCGUCAAGUGCGCCAGCCCGCUGGUGCUGCUCGAGUUCCAGUGCCCCACCACGCAGAUCUGCGUCAGCAAAUGCCCCGAGCGGUACCUGACGUACCUGACGGCCCAGGCCGCGCGGGAGCUGCGGUACUACCGGGACUUCUGCGUGCCCUCCUUCGACCCUCGCAAGGCUCCUCUCGAGGUGCUGAAGGACAGGGAGUGCCCGGCCAUGCUCAUCCCCAGCACCCCACUGGCACGGAGGUGCUUCCCGGCCAUCCAGGCCAAGAAGGGCGUGAUCAUGGUGGGCAACGAGACCACCUACGACGACGGCCGCGGGCGCCGCAGGAACGUCACCGAGCUGCUGGAGGGGGCCAAAAAAGCCAACGUGGUGCUGGAGACCCGGCAGCUGGCCAUGAAGAUCUUCGAGGACUACACGGUGUCCUGGUACUGGAUCAUCAUAGGCCUCGUCAUCGCCAUGGUGGCCAGCCUGGUCUUCAUCGUCCUGCUGCGCUUCCUGGCCGGCAUCAUGGUCUGGGUCAUGAUCGUGAUGGUGAUCCUGGUGUUGGGAUACGGAAUCUUCCACUGCUACAUGGAGUACGCCAAGCUGAAGGGGGAGGCGGGUUCCGACGUGUCCCUGGCGGACCUGGGCUUUCAGACCGACCUGCGCGUCUACCUCCACCUGCGGCAGACGUGGCUGGCCUUCCUGAUCAUCCUGUGCGUGCUGGAGCUGGUGAUCGUCCUGCUGCUCGUCUUCCUGCGCAAGAGGAUCCUCAUCGCCAUCGCGCUCAUCAAGGAGGCCAGCAGGGCCGUCGGUCACGUCAUGUCGUCGCUGCUCUUCCCGCUCUGCACCUUCUUCCUGCUGUGCCUCUGCAUCGCCUACUGGGCCAGCACGGCCGUCUUCCUCUCCACCUCCAACGAGGCCGUGUACAAGGUGUUCAACGAGUCCGCCUGCCCCUUCUCCGGGCAGACCUGCAGGCCGGAGACCUUCAACGCCACCAACGUCACCAAGCUGUGCCCCGACGCCCAGUGCCUCUUCGCCUUCUACGGCGGCGAGACGGCGUACCACAAGUACCUGGUGGCGCUGCAGUUCUUCAACGUCUUCAUGUUCUUCUGGCUCGCCAACUUCGUCAUCGCCCUGGGCCAGGUGACGCUGGCGGGCGCCUUCGCCUCCUACUACUGGGCCUUCAAGAAGCCCGACGACAUGCCGGCCUUCCCGCUCUUCUCCGCCUUCGGCCGCGCGCUCCGGUUCCACACGGGCUCGCUGGCCUUCGGCUCGCUGGUGCUCGCCGUCGUGCAGGUCGUCAGGGUGGUGCUGGAGUACCUGGACCACCGGCUGAAAGCCGCAGAGAACAAGUUUGCCAAGUUCCUCCUGAGCUGCCUCAAGUGCUGCUUCUGGUGCCUGGAAAAAUUCAUCAAAUUCCUCAACAGGAACGCCUACAUCAUGAUCGCGAUCUACGGCACCAACUUCUGCACCUCGGCCCGGAACGCCUUCUUCCUGCUGAUGAGGAACGUCAUCAGGGUGGCCGUGUUAGACAAAGUCACGGAUUUCCUCUUCUUCCUCGGGAAGCUCCUCAUCGUGGGGAGCGUCGGAAUCCUCGCCUUCUUCUUCUUCACCCAGCGCAUAAAGCUGGUCCAGGACACGGCGCCGCCGCUCAACUACUACUGGGUCCCGAUCCUGACGGUGAUCGUGGGCUCCUACCUCAUCGCCCACGGCUUCUUCAGCGUGUACGGCAUGUGCGUGGACACCCUCUUCCUCUGCUUCUUGGAGGACCUGGAGCGGAACGACGGCUCGGCGGACAAGCCCUACUUCAUGUCCCCCAACCUGAGGAAGCUGCUCAAGAAGACCAACGCGGCGGGGCAGCCGGAUGCGUGAAACCCCACCCCGGCCCGGCUCCCUCCCCCCUUCCCCCCGGCACCCACCGCCCAUCCCGCGUGGAAUUCCGGCCUCCUGGACCUUGGAUUGUCUGCUCCUGUUCCCUCCCCGGUGAGGGGGCCUCGGGGAAACGGGGACU